CUCAGCACCAUAGUCCUUGGCAGUUCCAAUUCUACCAGAAAAGCCAACCCUCCCCACCUAACAGCAACGCCCAUCCAGGCCAGACUCUCGUCAGGAUGAAGACUAGAUGGGCUCGCCCCGGACACCCUUGAGAGGUCACAGCAAUGCAGCACUCUGCUCAGCUCCACAAACGGUCUGCUCCACUCCGGGAAGAAGGCCACCUCCUCCUCCCCCCCCCUCCUCCUCUUGCUGUCACCACUCACGGCUCUAUCCUCGAGGGGGUGGGGACCCCAGAGCUGGACACACCCCACCUUGGCCCCACAGCCCGGCCAGCCGGACAGACUCACAGUCGGGACGCAGGACCCGGGAGCCCCGAGGUGGGCAGUGCGCCAGGGUACCUCGAAGCUUCUUCAAGCCCUGCCCAAGCAAUGGGCAUCAAGACAGCACUGCCUGCAGCUGAGCUCGGGCUCUACUCCCUGGUGCUGAGCGGAUCCCUGGCUUAUGCUGGCCGAGGUCUCCUGGAGGCAUCGCAAGAUGGGGCCCACAGGAAGGCCUUCCGGGAGUCCGUCCGCCCUGGCUGGGAGUACCUGGGCCGGAAGAUGGACGUGGCCGACUUCGAGUGGGUGAUGUGGUUCACCAGCUUCCGAAACAUCAUCGUCUUCGCCCUCUCAGGACAUGUGCUGUUUGCCAAACUCUGCACGAUGGUGGCCCCCCAGCUCCGCUCCUGGAUGUACGCCGUGUACGGGGUCCUGGCCGUGGUGGGCACAAUGGGCCCGUGGUACCUGCUGCUGCUGCUUGGCCACUGUGCGAGCCUCUAUGUGGCCUCGCUUGUGGGCCAGCCCUGGCUGUGUCUCGCCCUUGGUCUAGGCAGCCUGGCCUCCCUCAAGAUGGAGCCCCUGAUCUCUUGGCAGAGUGGGUUUGUAACGGGCACCUUUGAUCUUCAAGACGUGCUUUUCCACGGGGGCAGCGGCUUCACGGUGCUCCGCUGCACCAGCUUCGCGCUGGAGAGCUGCGCCCGCCCUGACCGCCGCUACUCCCUCGCUGACCUGAUCAAGUACAAUUUCUACCUGCCCUUCUUCUUCUUCGGGCCCGUCAUGACCUUCGACCGCUUCCAUGCUCAGGUGAGCCAGGACCCAGUGAGGCCAGAAGGGGAGCUGUGGCGCAUCCAGGCCCAGGCGGGGCUCAGCGCGGCAGCCGUCGUGGCUGUGGACAUCUUCUUCCACUUCUUCUACAUCCUCACGAUCCCUGGCGACCUGAAGUUUGCCAGCCGCCUCCCGGACAGUGCUCUCGCUGGCCUGGCCUACUCAAACCUGGUGUAUGACUGGGUGAAGGCAGCAGUCCUCUUUGGUGUGGUUAACACCGUGGCACGCCUGGACCACCUGGACCCUCCUCAGCCUCCCAAGUGCAUUACCGCUCUCUACGUCUUCGGGGAAACGCACUUCGACCGUGGCAUCAAUGACUGGCUUUGCAAAUAUGUGUACGACCGCGUUGGUGGGGAUCAUUCCGCCGUGAUCCCAGAGCUGGCUGCCUCCGUGGCCACGUUUGUGAUCACCACCCUGUGGCUUGGGCCUUGUGACAUCGUCUACCUGUGGUCCGUCCUUAACUGCUUCGGCCUCAAUUUCGAGCUCUGGGUGCAGAAGCUGGCGGAGCACGGGCCAUUGGCACAAAUUGAGGCACGGCUAUCGGAGCAGAUGUCUCGGAGGGUCCGGGCCCUCUGCGGGGCUGUAAACUUCUGGGCUAUCAUCAUGUACAACCUUGUGAGUUUGAACAGCCUUGAGUUCACAGAGCUGGUUGCCCGACGCCUGAUACUUAAAGGCUUCCCCCAGACCACGCUGGCCGUCUUGUUUGUCACCUACUGUGGGGUCCAGCUGGUAAAGGAGCGUGAGCGAACCUUGGCACUGGAGGAAGAGCAGAAGCAGGACAAAGAGAAGCCAGAGUAGGGUCUGGGGGACAGAGGACCGAGCUCAGCUCAGCUGCUUCUGGGCCCCAGGCCCCGGCCAUGCGGCUUGGCCAAUAGAAUAAAAGACUUUUCUACCACA